ACAAGCCCCGGCGCGCCUCGCGCCGGGUGGGCGCGGCAAGGUUCGCCGGGGGCUGCGGCUCUGCUGCCGCCGCCGGGCCGGGCUCCCCCUACCCCCGGCCGUGGGCGGGCGGAGCCGGCAGCGCCGCGGGGCUCCCAUGGCGGCGGCGGCGGAGCGGACGGACGAGCUGGUGCGGGAGUAUCUGCUGUUCCGCGGCUUCACCGCCGCCCUGAAGCAGCUGGACGCGGAGAUCAAGGCGGACCGGGAGAAGGGCUUCCGGGUGGAUAAGAUAGUGGACCAGCUGCAGCAGUUUGUUCAGAGCUAUGAUCUGGCUGCCCUGCGGGAUUAUUGGAGUUACCUGGACCGACGCCUCUUCAGCCGUUUGGAAGAUGUGUACCGGCCAACAGUGAACAAGCUGAAAACCAGCUUAUUCCGAUACUACCUUGUCCAUACUAUUCAGACCAGCCGCAAUGACAAGGCGCAGGAGUUUUUCCUCAAGCAGGCCUCUGAGCUCCAGAACCAGGCGGAGUGGAAGGAUUGGUUUGUCCUGCCCUUCCUCCCUGCCCCAGACUCCAACCCCACCUUUGCCACCUAUUUCUCGCGCCAGUGGGCAGAUACAUUUAUUGUGUCUCUGCACAACUUCCUGAGCGUCUUGUUUCAGUGCAUGCCAGUUCCAGUCAUUUUGAACUUUGAAGCUGAAUGUCUCAGGAGCAGUCUCAUACAAGAAGAAAAUGAAUCAUUGCGGCAUAAGUUGUUUGCUUUGCAGGCUGAAUCCUCUCGCAUGAAGAAAGAGGAAUUUCAGGUGGAACAAGCAGUUGUGCAUCACAAGUUACCUGCAUAUGUGGCCAACAUGGAUCGGCUAGGGGACUCUGAGCUUGAUAUGACCUGCAGUCAGAGGAGUACUGCGCAUUCUCUUCAGUCCCGGGGAGGCUUUCUGUCCUCUUUUCUCUCACAAAGUAAAAAGGGCCCUUCCAGACCAGCCCAUCCAAGUGGGGCUUCUCCAAUGCAGACUGGCAGUAUGCUGCUAGGGAAGAAAGAACCAACAAAUCACCAGAGUGCCAAAGGAAAAGAAGGAACAGUGAGCUGUAAGGAUGGGAAGAGCCACUUCAGUGGGUUAGCAGGCGAGUCAAGUUCCCUGCAGCAGCGGCAGAAGCGCUUGCAAGAGCAUGGGAAAGAAAGGAAGGAACUGCUUUCCAAAGGGACCUUUCAGGGCCAAAGUGCUGAGAAGAAAAUAGAUACUAGUGCAGCUGAGACAGAGCUGUGCUCAGAGCUGCAUGCUGAGCAAACGGAGACUUCAACCAGGAUGCCUGGCAGCAGUGCAGAGGCUGUGGGGGUCCGGCAGGAGCAGCCUUUCAUUGUCCUGAGCCAGGAGGAGUAUGGGGAGCACCAUUCAUCAAUCAUGUACUGCAGGGUUGAUUGUUCUGGACGGAGGGUGGCCAGCUUGGAUGUGGAUGGGGUUAUCAAAGUUUGGUCUUUCAACCCUAUAAUGCAAACUAAAGCUUCAUCCAUUUCCAAAUCUCCAUUGCUGUCUCUGGAAUGGGCAACCAAGCGUGAUCGGCUGCUAUUGCUUGGCAGUGGGGUCGGGACAGUUCGUCUUUAUGACACAGAAGCAAAGAAGAAUCUCUGUGAGAUCAGCAUUGAUGAAGACAUGCCCAGGAUCCUCUCGCUUGCCUGCAGCCCAAGUGGUGCCUCCUUUGUCUGUUCUGCGGCAGCCCAGAGCCCCAUCUCCCACGUGGACUUUUCAGCAGUCAGCUCUGGGGGAAAAAGCAUGAACCAAGUUCCUGGGAAGCUGCUACUGUGGGACACUAAAACGAUGAAGCAGCAGCUGCAGUUCUCCCUGGAGCCUGAGCCCAUUGCUAUUAACUGCACAGCGUUCAACCACAAUGGCAACCUGCUGGUCACUGGGGCUGCGGAUGGGAUUGUUCGUCUCUUUGAUAUGCAGCAGCACGAGUGUGCCAUGAGUUGGACGGCACAUGACGGGGAAGUAUACUCUGUUGAGUUCAGCUGUGAUGAGAACACGGUCUACAGCAUAGGGGAGGAUGGCAAGUUUAUUCAGUGGAAUAUUCACAAAAGUGGUUUGAAGGUGUCAGAGUAUGAUCUUCCCAGCGAAGCUACAGGUCCUUUUGUUCUGUCCGGGUACAGUGGCUACAAGCAAGUCCAAUUCCCACGAGGGAGGCUUUUUGCUUUUGACUCCGAGGGUAGCUAUAUGUUGACAUGCUCUUCUACUGGAGGAGUAAUUUUUAAGUUAAAUGGUGAGGAAAAGGUCCUGGAGAGCUGUCUUUCCCUGGGAGGACACCGAGCUCCUGUUGUCACAGUGGAUUGGAGCACAGCCAUGGACUGUGGGACCUGCCUCACUGCCUCUAUGGAUGGGAAGAUUAAAUUAACAACCUUGCUGGCUCAGAAGUCCUAACCUGGAUAGUACAGAAGCGGAAGAGCAGCAAACUUGACAGAAACAGUGUUAACUCCAUGGGAACAAACUGCAUGGGAAAGAAGGCAGUCUCUCUUCUCGUUGUAGCUUUUGCCUCUUGACAAACAUUAAUACAUUUGCCAAAACACUGUGCAAUAGAAUGCCGAUAUGGAUGGGAUCAGUGGCAGUACUGAAAAGUAAGUCUCCACUGACCCACUGUGGUAGCUGGACUCCCUCUCUUAGGGAGUCUUAACUAGCACAUGGCUAGAAGGCUGCUGGGAUAAUGUCAGGGGUUCUGCAGAAGAAGGUGAGGCUGGAGGAGGUGUGCAUGAGACAGCACAGUGCAUGGUGAUGUCUCAAACUGCAAAGGCCAGUGCAAAACAAGGGUAUUCUUUUGGUAUAGCAUUUCUCGAUGUGCUUUUUCUUUGAUGGUUUUGUUUUAGUUUCUUUUCCAUAAAAAAAAAAAAAUCCCUUGCACUUGA